UGCAUAGAUUGUAUAUCUAUUCUCUCACACAGAUUUGCAGAUCCUCAAGAGCUUGGUCGAUUUUGAUAUCGCAAUCAUGCCGACCAUCGCCGGACAUGGAUCAUCUCCGUUUGCCGCCGCCGACGAACUCAUAGCCAUCAAAGCUCGAAGAUCCGGCGAGAUCCGAUCCACCGGCGACUCCACUCCCCGAAAACGAACAUUGAGAAGCAAUUCGGCCGCAGAAGACUGCUCGAUCGCUUCGACUCCAUCUCCGAAGCUUUGUUAUCCGACGAAAUGGAAAUCUCCUCGCCGAUGUAUCAGUGGCAGCCCCAAUGGCCCUUCAAAGGUGUUUUUGCAGGGAACUGAAUUAGAAUCAAAAUCUCGCGAAUUGUUGGUGAAAAAAUUGUCUGAAAGUUUUAUUGACAAACCGAAAUGGAAUCCGAGAGAUUUGCAGCAAAUGAGUGUGGUAAAAGAGGCAUUGCACGUAUCAAGUAUGCCCUCUAUGGUUGUUUGCCGAGAAAAUGAGCAGAAAACGGUUUUGGAGUUCUGCAAGCAAUGCAUAGAACAAGAGAAGGCCGGGAGUUUGUAUGUGUGUGGAUGUCCAGGGACCGGAAAAUCACUGUCUAUGGAAAGAGUCCACGAGUCUCUGCUUGAUUGGGCAAAGGGGGCAGGUUUUCAGCCACCUGAUGUAUUAGCCAUAAACUGUACUUCUCUUACAAACACAUCUGAAAUAUUCAGCAAGAUUCUUGGCAAAAACCAACUGCAAAAGAAAACCAACAGUGCAACUUCAGCUUUACAGCAUCUUCAGAGCUUGUAUUCUCAAAAGCAGCAAUCAACUGGCAUGAAAAUGACGCUGAUUAUUGCUGAUGAGUUGGAUUAUUUAAUAACUAAAGACCGGGCUGUGCUUCAUGAUCUUUUUAUGCUCACAACUUUCCCAUUCUCUAGAUGUAUAUUGAUAGGAAUAGCUAAUGCUAUAGACCUAGCAGACAGAUUUCUUCCAAGACUGCAGUCAUUAAAUUGCAAGCCUAUGGUAGUAACUUUUCGGGCCUACUCCAAGGAUCAGAUCAUCUUGAUUCUUCAGCAGAGGCUAAUGGCACUUCCUUACACUGUCUUUCAACCACAAGCCUUAGAACUAUGUGCCAGAAAAGUUGCGGCUGCAUCUGGAGAUAUGAGGAAAGCUCUGUGCAUCUGCAGGAAUGCAAUUGAGAUGCUAGAAGCAGAGCUGAGAGACUCUGCUUGCAAUUUGGAUUUGUCAUCAGCAGGGAAUGGGUACUCUGAUCAACGAAAAACGCCAGUUCAGGGGCUAAUAAUGCAAGAAACUGAUAUUGUGAGGGUUAACCAUAUGGCUGUUGCUUUGUCCAAGACUUAUAGAUCACCAAUAUUGGACACCAUACAGUCUCUUCCACAACAUCAACAGAUUAUACUUUGUUCUGCUGUGAAGCUUUUCAGCAGGGGAAAGAAGGAUACAACUAUAGGCGAGCUCAGUAAAUCUUACUUGGAUAUCUGCAAAUCAAUUCUAAUCCCACCAGUAGGAAUUAUGGAACUUUCAAACAUGUGCAGAGUGCUAGGUGACCAGGGUCUUCUUAAACUUGGUCAAUCUCGAGAAGAUAAAUUAAGAAGGGUGACACUAAAGGUAGAUGAAGCAGAUAUUGCAUUUGCAUUACAGAGAUCGAAGAAGAGGGAGGAGUUUGCGGCGACGACGGUGGUGGUAGAUGACAGUUUGCGACGUUUGGCCAGUGAGUUUCCAGAUCUAGAUUCGUCGGGUGCAGAAGCAAGAGCUUUUACUGGGUUUCAUCACUUCCUCAUUCUCUUCAUCUUACUGGAGAAAGAGAGGCGGAAAGGUCGGGCGGCGGAGGAGAUUGCGGAGGAAGGCAGCGAAGGAGAUUGGCAUGACGGCAGAGGAGGGUGGUGGAGAAGUGGCGCUGUGAGAUCGGCGGUGGAGGAGCGGCGGAGGAGGGGCGCUGUGAGGGUUAACCAUAUGGCUGUUGCUUUGUCCAAGACUUAUAGAUCACCAAUAUUGGACACCAUACAGUCUCUUCCACAACAUCAACAGAUUAUACUUUGUUCUGCUGUGAAGCUUUUCAGCAGGGGAAAGAAGGAUACAACUAUAGGCGAGCUCAGUAAAUCUUACUUGGAUAUCUGCAAAUCAAUUCUAAUCCCACCAGUAGGAAUUAUGGAACUUUCAAACAUGUGCAGAGUGCUAGGUGACCAGGGUCUUCUUAAACUUGGUCAAUCUCGAGAAGAUAAAUUAAGAAGGGUGACACUAAAGGUAGAUGAAGCAGAUAUUGCAUUUGCAUUACAGAGAUCGAAGAAGAGGGAGGAGUUUGCGGCGACGACGGUGGUGGUAGAUGACAGUUUGCGACGUUUGGCCAGUGAGUUUCCAGAUCUAGAUUCGUCGGGUGCAGAAGCAAGAGCUUUUACUGGGUUUCAUCACUUCCUCAUUCUCUUCAUCUUACUGAAAGAGCGAGGAUCCUCUAGAAUUUUCAAUACUAUCUACUCUCACCACCCGUCACUCGUCUCCCAAUCAGCCCAAGAAUCAGCCUUAUCCUCCUCACCAGCUUCUGUGAAUAUCGCAUCUUCUGUGAAUAUCGUGAUCUCUGCAGUGUUCCUCUGCCUCGCUUCCUCUCCCCAACACCAGCACACCUCCACCACCGCCGUCGCAACAACAACAACAACCACCCACGUUAUCAACCUCUACAUAGGAAUGGUUUCUUGCAAUUAUAGAUGCAUGUUAAACUUUUUUGAUGCAAUCCCAAGAAGAAAUAGAAUAGGAUGGCGCAGGCCGAGAGCAACAAUUUUGCCAACCAUUCACGAUGAAGGGGAUUUAGUUGUGACUAAUGUUUUUAGUCGUGAAAGUAGAAUGACUCUACGCUCACGUAUCGACUUAUUCCGAUAUGCACCUACUCAUUCGACUUAUGAGCAUGGAAGCACAAGUGGCAAUAGACAAGAUGAUUCUCACGAAGUUCAGAUGGAAGGAAAUAUCCCUCAUGUCGACCACAAUCAAGAUGUUUUCAGUGAUGAAGAUAUUCUAGAUAAUUGA